AUGACUAACGCAUCCGCAGGAUCAAAGCGGUCUUGGGAGGGUCACGCAGCCGAAUCCCACUCGCACAAGAGACACAGAGACGAACCUAGAGACUGGCGGGAUGUACACCUAAAGUCUCCCACAGAUAAGCGUAGCAAAUCUAACAGUAGCAGACGAGACAGUAUCGAUAAGCGGGAGCCUGGACGGUCCAGAGAAGACCCAAGGAGGCCUAGCGACCAUUCUCGAGACUGGGACAGAGACAAAGACAGACGCGACGGCCGUGAUCGGGAUCGUGACCGUGAACGAGACCGUGAUCGCGACAGAGAACAUCGCCGUAGAGAAGACGAUCGAAAAGAUGAACAUCGUCGUCGAACUCCACCUCGGAAUCGCCGUUCACCUGCACCAUCCAAUGGACAUUCUCAUCAAGCUAAAGACUACUCGGACAAAGAAGAAGGCGAGCUACUCAUAUUCAGAAGCCGGCACAACCUACUGCUUCCUCCACAACCUGAUCCGGAACUUGAUCUCGAGAUCGACACGGCCGCUGCAGAGGCAGCUGCUCGAGCCGCUCGUCGUGCAAGGCGUCAAGCCAUUUUAGCCAGACACUCCGGGAUAGCCAGUGCUAAUAAGAGCGUCAGCCCCAGCCCUGGGCCUAGUAGUGCGGUCCAACCGCAACCUGUUGCAUCUGUGUCUGAUACACCUCAGCCCCACAGUGCUGUCGAUACUUCCGCAAGUUCAACAGCCGACAUCUCCAAAGCGAGGCAUGAUUCAAUAAGCAAACGAGACUCUGCAUCUCCACAACCGGAUGACAGUAUCUUUGAACUUGCUAAGGACGAGGACGAUGAAGAUGUCCGUGCGAAGAUGCAAGAUGGUGCACCGGAUCAGAUAUCUGCUGCAGAUUAUGAUCCCAGCCUAGAUCGCCGAGAGGACGAACAAAGGCGAGUCCUUAAAGACGAACCCAUGAAUGUAGAAACUAUUGAGGAGGAAGAGGAGGAGGAAGAGGAAGAAGAAGACGAUGUCGAUGACAUGUUCGCAGCAGCUGUAACCGAGAAGAAGCGAAAGAAAGUCAAGAAAGUCGUUAAAAAAGCAGCACCCGCCCUUAUCACGACGACAUUAGACUCUGCCUCAGAUCAUGAGGGCUAUUACCAAGUUAUCCUUGGUGAGCAACUUGAUGGUGGUCGAUACCAGGUCUUCUCUUCGCUUGGAAAGGGAAUGUUUGCCAAUGUUGUCCGGGCACGCGUUCUUCAAGAUGCAGAAAUCAACAAAGAGGUGGCCAUCAAAAUCAUCAGGAGUCAGGAAUCUAUGCAUCGUGCCGGUCUGAAGGAAGUGCAGAUAUUGAACAAGCUAAAGCAGGCUGACCCAGAAGACAAGAAGCACAUCGUCAGGCUAGAGAGAACUUUUGAACACCGCGGACACCUUUGUCUCGUGUUUGAGUCCAUGAGCAUGAACCUUCGGGAUGUUGUGAAGCGCUUUGGAAAGGAUGUCGGUCUGAAUAUCAAGGCCGUCAGAGCUUAUGCACACCAACUUUUCCUUGCAUUGAGUCUUCUCAAGAAAGUCAACAUCAUGCAUGCGGACAUCAAGCCUGACAACAUAUUGGUUAAUGAACAGAAGACGUUAUUGAAGCUAUGCGACUUAGGCUCAGCAUCGGACGCGUCAGAAAAUGACAUCACCCCCUAUCUUGUUAGUCGAUUUUAUCGCGCACCUGAGAUUAUCCUCGGAGUCCCGUAUGAUCCAGCGCUCGAUAUCUGGUCCAUUGGGUGCACGCUGUAUGAACUAUACACGGGGAAAAUCCUUUUCCCUGGCCGGUCGAACAAUCAAAUGCUUCUACUCAUGAUGGAACUCAAGGGAAGGUUCAACACUAAAAUGAUCAAAAAGGCGAAGUUCGGAGAAAUGUAUUUCGAUGAAAUGGGCGGGUUCGAAAGCGUAGAGACGGACCGUGUCACCGGUGCCAAUGUUGUCCGCAAAGUUCACAUCUCCAAACCUAGUCGUGACCUCCGAGCCCGUCUCAUGCCACCUGCAUCAGUCAAGAUGAAGGACGACGAGAUGAAGUUGCUCACCUCAUUCAUCGAUCUGUUGGACAAGUGCAUGGCACUUGAUCCAGCAAGGCGGAUCACUCCCAAGGAAGCGUUAAUUCAUCCAUUCAUCAGGGGAUAG